CGCGUUCAGUGGUGCAAUUCUCAGGGCUGUAGGUGCAGUAUUUCGUCCGUAGCCGCAGUAUUAUUAUCAAAACACGCGGAACCAACUUUGGAUGAAACCGAAAAGCAUGCAUUUUCAAGUUUUCAACCUCGUGCUCGAGAAGGCUUCCUUCUUGUGUUCCGAGCAGCGCCACGCGAGCAACGAGCCCUACGAAGCUCCCGGCGGUAACCUGGUUGCUAAUGAUCAGUCCGACAUUGUGACAAUGAUAAGUUCAGGUUUCGUUGAAGGCAGUGAGACGCUCAAUUCGAGUUCAAUGCAAUGAGACGCUGGUUUUAAGUUCAAUUCAAGCUCAAUGCAAUGAGACAUUCAAUUCAAGUUCAGUUCAAGUUUCUUCCGAUCGCGGAGGAGGCGUUUGGCCUGGCUCCGCGGUCGUCUGUAAUAUGGUGUCAGUUUGAAUCAUGGUCUGUGAUGUUCUCUCACGUCUGGACUCCGCUUCAUUUGUGCACGCUGUACAUUCUGCUUACCGUGCACAUCGUGUGUCUGUACUUUGCUCGAUUUAUGCGUGUUGUGUUUUUUUUUUUUUUUUUUUUUUUUUUUUUUUGAGACAUUGAGACGUUAAUCAUCAAGUCAUUGAUAAUUCAUUGCGAGAGGUCUAUGCUGACAGUUUCUACUGUGAUUCUCGUGUGUCAUCGCGAAUCACCUUGCUGUGUGUGCCCCUUCUUGCGUGGCGCCCUCUUGGCAGUUUCGGAGAGAUCAUUGAGAUGAAACAUUGAGAUAUUUCAGGCCUUCCAACUCAAUUCGUGCAAUUUUGCUUAUUGCGACAUUGAUCAAUUCAUGCAUGUUGUGAUUAUUGAGACAUUGGGUUGUCAACAUUGAGUCAUUGAUAACUGAUAAUUCAUUGCGUGAGGUUUAUGCUGACAGUUUCCAGUGUGAUUCUCGUGUGUCUUCGCGAAUCACCUUGCUGUGUGUGCCCCUUCUUGCGUGGCGCCCUCUUGGCAGUCUCGGAGAGAUCAUUGAGAUGAAACAUUGAGAUAUUUUAUGCCCUUCAAUUCAAUUCGUGCAAUUUUGCGCUUAUUGAGACAUUGAGACGUUCAACAUUGAGUCAUUUACAAUUAUUUCAUUCAUCAAGGUAGCUUCAAGCAUUCUGACUUGGUACUUGGUGCCUCAAGGUAGGUCACUCGUAGCUCUGAUCGACAGUGCAGUUGCCUCAAAGCAGGUCGUUCGUAUGUGGUCUCAUUUGCUUUGUACAUGCAUGGUCCUCAAGAAGGUCCCUUGUACUUGAAGGUCGUUGUCCUGGCUCAUUGGAGUUUGCUCGCUGCCCCAUGAGGGCCUGGGUAGCGAGACCGCAAACCGCAAAAAAACUUGGUUGAUGGGGGGAUAAAAACGUAUAGCUUUACAUACCAUGCGAUGUACACAACGGGAUCUUGAAGCGGGUGGGAUACCACUGGACAUCCAAGGGGGCCCCCUUAUGAGUGAUAAACUGGCUGUGCGGGAGAUGGAAAGUGUUUUCUCAGAUUUAUCGAAGACGUGGAUAUUCUUAUUCAUGUGUUGGACGGUUUGCAGAGUAUGUAUUCGGUGCGGCCUCCUGAGGCUGGCCCAGACUUCUUCUCUCACUCCUUUCGAGAAUGGAACCACAGGCCUGACCUACUGACUCAUCAGGCCUGCCAGGGCCAUGUGUACGCCAAUUUCUACUACCUCAGUGACUUCGAAUCUCAGUGUUUUACUCCUUGCCUUAGCACAGCGGGCUUUGAUGGGGGUGUGUGCGGCCGCGGAAGUGCCUGUGGUGUGUGGUUACAAAUCGGUCUGCGGAGCAUGUGUAUAUUUCUCGCGGACUGACAUCACCUACAAGGAUGUUUAUGAUGCAGCCUGGUGUCUCCCACCAUGUGCCACGGUGACAGAUGCAGAGGUAUCAGCGGCGGAGCGCAUCUGCGAUGUGCUCCCACAGGUUGUGCAGAACUUCUUUGGUCAUUCGCUUGUUUAAGUCACACCCGGCUGGCCUCAUUUUCUCAUUUCUCUUAUUUCUAUAUCCACAUCUCCGCUGUUCUGUCGGAUCUUUUAUUAUUGAUAUUUGAGUGUGCAUUUUGCGUUUUAUUGUUGUCUUCGCAUGCUUCUGAUUCUCUUUUAUUCCAACAGCUUCGCUGUUGUGAAAUAAGAGCUGACUGCUUGCUUGACAACUAAGAGGCUUCGCUUCGCCUGAGACUUCGUUGGGCCUGGCCUCAGUGGUCAUGAUGGUCCCAGCAAAGGCGCAACAAAACCUGGUUGACAGUUUACCGCCGGCUUCCAGUUUUCGGCCGAACCCUGGGUGAAACAAGGAGGCAGCUUAGUUGUUCAGUCAGGAGAUACUGGCCGAACCUGAAGUUCCGGUUACUGUGUAUUCGAGUCGGCGUCAUACCCAGGAUCGAACACCCACCCCUCGCAAUGCCACAGAGCCCUUCAA